AGCAAGGAAUGCAGACCGAGUGUGCCUACCUUUUUUCAAGCUUGGCAAAAGAACUAGAAAACCUACGAGUUCUUGCAGAGGAGGCUGGCAAGAAAAAAGAAGAAUUAAGGAAGCGGUCCAAUCAUUCUUUCACCAAAACUGAUUUAGUGGACCCCCAGAAAUGGACAAUGGGUGAUGUUCAGCAGUACGGUCGUGUACUCGCCCAGUUGCAGGACGACGUCAAAAACAUAAAAGACCAGCGAAUAUUACUGAAAAGGACUUUGCGAGAGCUUGAGAGUAAUAUGUUGAAGGCGGGUACUAGGAAGGAAGAAAUUGUUCGCUUCAAUCGGGCCAAGACAGAUGAAGAGUUUGCUAAGAUGCUGAAAGUACGAACACUAGGACCCGAACAUCUUGAAGCUCAGAGUCAACUACGAAGAGACAUUCAAGUGGUUCGUGACCGUGUACAGAAGCUUGAGGAUAAUCUGCAAGGAUGUAAAACAAAGCUUUCACAGUUUCAAAUCGGAAAGCCAGGGCUCAGAGCACCUUCAUUGGAUACAGUCAAUCGCACGUUCCGCAACAUCAACUUGGCCAUCAACCAGCAGACCGAAGAUAUCUCCAAACUGGCUGCGAGGAUGAGCAAACUUGACAUGUCCUCUCUGCAGGUCUCAAUUACCCGGGAUAAACGACUUGGAGAAUCUACGGCAAAGCGUCCCAUCAAUGUUACCCCUCAUGUCGCUGUUACAACUGCAGCUGCGUUAAAUGCUGAGCGGUCAGCAC